AUGGGCGAGCAGGAGUCGGAAACGGACUACCGUAACCGUGCUCGACAAAUCCUGGCCGAGAUGCGGAUGGCGGGCGUCGAAUACUCGACACCCUCACCAGCCCGUCGCCGUCGCCGUCGCCGUCGCCGUCGCCGUCGCCGUCGCCGUCGCCGUCGCCGUCGCCGUCGCCGUCGCCGUCGCCGGGCAAUGCAGGAGGCAGAACGACCCACGGAGCUCCUUUUGGCAGGCGAAUAA